AGUGAAGAAGAAAAACUCAAAGAACGGAAAUAAAAUGGAUAAAUAAAAGGAAAUUUGUCUGGAUAUUAUAGUGGAUUUCACCAAUACAUUAAGAUUUUCUAACUCUUCAAAAAGCUCAAAACAUAAAUCAAACAGACAAGUACAAGAGCUGGUAUACGUAAUGACGUCAACGUCAACAUAUAUCGACGACUGGGAAAACUUUGCUGUUCUGUGACUGUGGCUGUGCUGUGCGUUUCCCUUGUCCUAUACAAAAAUUCUCAUUUUAAAAGGAAUCUUUUAGGGAAAAUGUGCCGAUGUAAAAUAUAUCAACGCUGAAAAAGAGGAAAGCAUAACAAAGGGAUAUUCAUCUAAAUUAGUGCCACUUUAUUUCAUCACUGGAGGAUGUCAUCUUGUAAGAGGUACUCCAAUGCUGUCCAGGCAACAGUCUCUGAAGGAUCUACAAAACGUGAGAUUGACAUAGUCAACAUAGUUACUUUGACACCGGAUCCUUUGUCAUCGGGUCCUCCAUUAUUGGAUCCAUCAUCAUCGGAUCCUUCCACAUCAGAUCCUUCAAAAUUGGAUCCUUCCGCAUCGGAUCCUUCAACAUCGGACCCUUCAACAUCAAAUCCCUUAACAUUGGAUCCUUCCAAUAUUAAUCCUUCAACAUUGGAUCCUUCUAAACCGUUGCAUUUACACCAUGAUGCAACAUUCGGUUCACACAUUGCUGAAGACACUGCCCCAAGUAACCAUGAGGAGAAAUCCAAUGCGGAAGGUGUAAAUGAGUCUUCAGCUCCCUCAAAUGAACCUACAGAAGUUCUUGACCCCGAAGCACUUAAAGAGAGUUCAUCAGUAACAAUGGCAUCAUCUGUUGUACCCGUGGGUAUUCUCCUUGCUCGUCAGGUUGAGGUGGUCUCAGAAGAUCUAGUCAGAGAAGAUAAGGAUGGAUUAACAAUAGUUGACGAUUUCUCUCGAAUUCCAUUUGAGGAGGCCCACAUAGAGGGCGUCAUUCGCCAAGAUUCUAAUCUUUCACAGAUUCCUUCUACAGUUCAUCUCCAGCCAGAUACAUGUACUCUCCUAGGAGAAGUAGCAAUGGAGAUUCACAUUCCCAUGAAUUCACAGCUAGCUGUGGGCGACUAUGCGGAGGAAAAUCACCAAUCUGAGGAGGACAAACAACUCUACAUCAUCGAAGAUGAAGUAGAACUUCUUGAUAUGGAAAAUAGACAACCCUCGCUUGAACCAGAUGCUCCUGAAGGGGAUGUUAAAAAACUUGACAUUAAUGCACACAGUCAUGUUAAGUCAAGCAUACCUCGAGUAGCCCAGGAGUACUGUUGUGAGAAGUGUGGAAAGACAUUUUCUAAGUCUUUCAAUUUUUACAGGCACUUGAAAGUCCACUCAGGUAAGAAAUUCAAAUGUGAUUUUUGUAAUAAAGUGUACGGCUACAGGGAAACACUUAAGGCUCAUAUAAACUCAUGCCACACAGAACAUGCUUUUAUUGGUGUCCACAAGUGCAAGUACUGUCCAAGGUAUUAUCCAUCAGCAGUUCGUCUUGGUGUCCAUCUCAGGACUCACAAGUUUGAUAAACCAUUUUCAUGUAAUGAGUGUCAUAAAACCUUCAGCUCCUCAGGAGGUCUCAAAAGACAUCAGAUUGUACAUUCAUCUAUCAAGGAUUUUUACUGUGACACCUGCGGGUUGCAGUUCUCCAGAAAACGGGCUCUAGAAAACCACAAGAUUAUCCACUCUUCAGACAGGACGUACAAAUGUUCCCUCUGCUCUUGGGUGUUCCCAGAUGGAUAUUCUCGUAGGACCCACAAGUGCAUCCACUACACUGAUCGUCCUCAUGGCUGCCAGUUUUGCCCGAAGCGCUUCAAAUCGCCUUCAGCCCUUCGGACACAUAUGAAAAUCCACACAAGAGCAAAGAUCCAUUCUUGCACAAAGUGUAGUUUUACUUCUGGAACACAAAGUGAGUUGAAGAUGCACAUGAGAAGUCACUGGAAGGACAGUAUUGGUGACAUGCAAACGCUUGAAAAGAACCAAUGUAAGGAAUGUGGUGCAAAGUUCACACAUGCUUCGUCCCUUCGUGUGCACGAACGUUCACACUCUGGAGAAAUGCAAUACAUUUGUCCAACCUGUGAUAAGCCAUUCAUGUAUCAUGCAAGUUGGAAGCGACAUCAGCAGAUCCAUAAAGGCGAGAAAGCCCACCAAUGUAAGAAAUGUGGGAAAGGUUUCACAAAGGGGGCAUAUCUAAAACGUCAUAAAAAUGGCUUGUGUCAAGGACAUUUUCUCAAUGUAAUGAAGAAAAAGAAGAAGGAAAGAGAGAAAAAGAGUGAGAGUCCCCAAAACGUUGCAUUAGAAAAUGUUAAUGCACCCAUGCAACCAAAAUUGAGCGUUGGUCAAAGUGAUGACAUUAAAAUUGAAAAGAAUAAUGUGGCAGAUAAACAAGGUCAUAAACAAUUUGCAAUAGAUCCAAUUUCUGUCAACUUUGAAUUGAAACCCUUUACAUGCGAGAUCUGUGGGAAGAUGUUUAAAGUAAAGCAGAGCCUUCAACGGCAUCUAAAUUCGCACCAAGGCAAGAAACCUUUCCCAUGUGACCGCUGCGGAAAGUCCUACAGCCGGAGACCAAUUCUCAAGGAGCACCUCCUUCUGGUACAUGGAGUGGGACCAACUAUACCGCUGUUCCCGUGUCCCGAUUGCAGCCUAUCCUUUCCAUCCCUGAAACGCCUUGAGAAACACGGGAGGAAGCAUACUGGAGAACGACCAUACAACUGCAAGUACUGUUCAAAGGCAUUCAAGGAGACAAGUAGCCUGAAUCGCCAUGAGAUCAUCCACACAGGAGCGAAGCCACACAAGUGUUCCAUCUGCAACCGAGGUUUCAGCGAUAGAGGAAACCUCACAAAGCACGAGCUCACGCAUGGAAUCAGAGGUAUGGAUAGCAUGGAGAACAUUGCAACUUGGAAACCUUUCUCCUGCCAGGAUUGUGGGAAGACGUUUGAUCAACUUGGAUACCUCCGCUACCACAUGCAAAUGCAUGAACAGAAGCUGUCGUUCCAGUGUAAGUUGUGUGAUCGCAGGUUCAGCAAAAUAGCCAAUCUGAAAGUCCACCUCAAAAGCCACAUCAACAAGGAGCAUCAAUGUGACGCGUGUUUCAAGUCGUUCAGAAAGGAAUCAACAUUGCAAGCACACCAGGUGAACUGUAACAACACCAAGAAGUAUUUUGUGUGUUGCAAAUGCAACAGGGUCCUCUGCAGCAAAGACAGUCUUCAACGACAUGAACGGAUGCACCUGGGACUGAAGCCGUUCAAAUGCCCUGCUUGUCACCUCUCUUAUGGUGAUAAAAGUACCUUAAAGAGACACAUGGUUACCCAUAAAGGUGAUGGAACUGUCUUCUUUUGUAAAAAAUGUGAUGCUAUAUUUGCUUCUCAGGAAUCUCUUGAUGAGCACAUCGGCGAAAAGUCUUGUUUGGAGUUGAGCCACGUAUGUGAUAAAUGUGGCAAGACCUUUACAUCACGUCGCAGUCUCGCCCAACAUUUUAGAACCCAUAACCCGAAAAGCAAAACAGAAAGUACCCCCAAGGAAAAGAUUUAUGUGUGUGAUCUAUGUCACAGUCAGUUUCCAAAGAAGAAAUACCUAUCAACACAUAAGAGAGAAAAUAAAUGCAAGAUAUAGGAAAUACAUAUAGGAUUACAAUAACCUUGCCUCAACGAGCAACAUUGUACAAGUGUUGAUAUAUUAGGCAUGCAGUGGUUUAGUGC